UAAACAUUUAGUGAGUAUAAUACGCGUAACGGUGCCGUCGAAGAAAAUAAUAACAAGAACAUUUUGUGGCAGGCUAAAACGUAUUUUCAAUUCGAUAAAGUGUUACUGUGUUAACACAGCGAGUUCUUGUGUAAAGUAACUUUUUCGUUUGUGAUUGUCUUUUCUUUUGGGGAAUAUUUCUAAAGGUGAAGCAGCAGGAUGUUUCUGCGGAAGAGCUUGGGCGCAACAAUUUUAAUAGGUUUCUUCGUGCUUCUUACAACAUUAGAAGCAAGAAGAGUCCGCGUGAGACCAACAUCAGACGAAGAAGACGCCAACGUGCAAUACUAUUCGGCCCUAGAACCUGAUUCAGAGGACGAAUCAGAACAAGAACCUAACCAGAGGGUGGUUCUAGUAUCUGCAGACCAAUACAACGGAUAUUAUGGUCAACCUACAGCAGCCGCCCCCACCAGGUCCUCACCAUCGCGGGACAACUACUAUCAACCGUCCAGAGGUGCGGCGUACAAGGCCGCGGCGGCACAAAGGCAGCGAGAAUCAGCACCCAAACAACCCCCCGUUCAAACCAUUAGAAACUACAACAAGGUAAACGACGAUGGGUCGUUUACGUUUGGCUACGAAGCCGCCGAUGGUAGUUUCAAGGAAGAAACGAGAGGAACCGAUUGCGUUGUUAGGGGUAAAUAUGGAUACGUAGAUCCUGACGGCAACAAGAGAGAGUUCACGUACGUUUCUGGUAAUCCGUGUGAUCCAAACGCCCCCAAAGACGAUCAAGACGAAGAAGAGAAAGGAAACGGUAGGGAUGAAGAUGAAAAUGUCCCGCAGAAUUACCCCGUCAGACCUGUAAGACCUUACAAGCCAAUUCCCGUUGUUCCAACCCCCAAACCAGCUGUUGCACUGUUCCAAAAUACCUACAGUUCCGAAGAAGAAGAACAACCCGAACCCGAGCAAGUGUUGCGACCAACAAUAACGAGUUAUCGCACAAGCCCAUCGUAUCAAACGCAACCCCAGUACGAGACAAGAGAAUCCCCAAAGAUAUACCAAAGGGUGCAACCAACCACCCCGUCGUCGAUCAUCUAUAAACAGAGCAUCACGCCCGUGUCUGCGAGCUCCAGACCCAGGUCAACACUGCCAGCAAAGGUCGAGGCACCAGCUACCACCUACCGACCGCAACUUCUCCAAGUAGGAGUGACUCCGGCCCCACCUGUGCUUUAUACCAAACAAAUUUCGGUUACGCCAAGACCUCACUUCUUACCCUCUAGCACCCCCUCGUCGCUCAUCCUACAACCGAGACCCACCUUCGAUCUGGAAGCCGAACUCCGGAAAUACCAACAACCCAACAACUUUAUCGCGAACGAAAACUUAUUACCAAAACCCAUCAAACCCCACCAAGCUCCAGCUCCUCUGGCACCUUCAAAACCUGAAACCCUAAGUGGAAACCCUGUUUAUUCAUCCGAAUUGGUCUUUGACCCGUCCAUUGGACAGUAUAAGACCCAGUUGUACCAAACUCUGCCACAAACCCAGGGUAAUUUUAAAGUGAGCCAAAAUAUUCAGCCCUAUGUGGAACAGCCGCGACCGCAGUACAUCCAGCAACCAUCCGUGUUUAGACCUAGACCUGAAAUUCCUCCCCAAACCCUUUACAAACAGCAACAAUCGGGAUUGCAGUUCCAAAAUUCUGCAGAAUUAUUUGCGCAACAGCAAAGAGUGAGAGCGCAGCAACAACAGGCCCAAGCCCAAGCUCAAGCCCAGGCACAAGCCCAAGCAACAUCUCCAAGACAGUAUUAUUUCGUUCAACCCCAGCAGCGAUACAACAAUGGCCAAAUAGACUCCUUCUUAAGAGGGUCUAACAUUCAAUUUUAAAUUGUACCAAUAAUAAGGUGAGUCAUUUUUAAUUAAUAAAUUUUAUGAUGAACUGAUUUAGAAAAGUGAUACAAGUGUAGUUAAAAAAGGACGAUAAUUAGUGUCAGAAAAUGUUAAUAAGUGUAGUGAUUCUUCGAGUUUUAAUUUUUCUGACUGGUUUUCAGCUUUUUUCUCUUAAAUUUUGAAAUAAUUUAGACUUUGUGUACCUAAUUUGUUCUUUUUGUUUUCUAAUUUUCAACCAAAGUAUCAAUUUCCUUUCUCGUAUAACAGCUAUUCAAAAGAUUUGUUUGCUUAUGUGCCAUUUUAGGGCGACUCGUUAAACAAUUGCUGCUUGCCUGUGUGUUGUUUUCCAAAAAUAACAAAAUUGUUGUACAUAGAGAAAAACAAAUGCGUUUCUUUUGUCGUUACCUUUAUAUCUAUUUACCUGUUGUUACCUAAAUAUAAUUUUGUAUACUUUUACUUCUCUAUUAAACAUUUAUUUGUAACAAUUAAAAACCAUUUCGAUUUUAGAAAAGUGUAGUUCAAUAAUUUCAAAUUACACAUAGAUAAAUGUUAGCAUUAAGCAUGUGUAAGUGAUAUUACUACAGCAAUAGCUGCACAAUGGAAAUUUUUAUAAGUUUUCACCUUGUAUAUACCACAUUAUACAUAUGUAAUCGAAUACAAAUAGAAGUCUAUUAGUUA